AUGUCCGCAGACCCGCCAUCCUUCCAAUCCGCCCUCCUCGCAGGCGCCCUCGCCGGCACAACCGUCGAUCUCUCCCUCUUCCCUCUCGACACCCUCAAGACCCGCCUCCAAUCCUCAGCCGGCUUCUUCCCCUCGGGAGGAUUUAGUGGUAUCUAUCGUGGUAUCGGUUCUGCGCUCGUUGGCUCUGCGCCCGGCGCUGCGUUCUUCUUCUGCACGUAUGAAAGCGUGAAAGGCCUUUUGGCUGAUAAGGAUAAUACCUCUGCGCCGGGAUGGAAAGCUCCCGUUACGCAUAUGGCUGCUGCUAGUGCAGGCGAGAUCGCUGCUUGUGCUGUGCGUGUGCCGACCGAGGUUGUUAAGCAGCGUGCUCAGGCUGGACAUCAUGGUGGUUCCUCGGCUGCUGCGCUGCGAGCUAUUCUGUCCAAGUACUCGAGCCAUGGAUUUGUUCCCAUGUGGCGCGAGCUCUACCGUGGCUGGGGAAUUACAGUUUUUCGUGAAGUGCCCUUCACUGUGAUCCAGUUCCCGCUAUGGGAGGCUAUGAAGUCCUGGGGACGUCGCCGUCGUGAUGGUCGCGAGGUCACUGCUGCUGAGAGCGCUCUUUAUGGAAGCAUGGCUGGUGGAUUCUCUGCAGCGCUUACUACGCCGCUUGACGUGCUCAAGACAAGAGUCAUGCUAUCCAAGGAGAGCGUCUCAGUGUCGAGAAUAUUCAGCCAGAUAAUGCGCGAGGAGGGUAGUAAGGCAUUCUUCGCCGGUCUAGCGCCGCGAGUAACAUGGAUUUCGAUAGGAGGCGCGAUCUUCUUGGGAAGUUAUCAAUGGGCUAUCAACACGAUGAACGGGGUUGCGUAG